UGUGUGAUGUCAUGUUGCUGCCCUUUAUAAGCCUCUGCAGAGAAGAAGGGAUCCUGUCUGAGGAGCGACACCCCAGGCACGAGGGAAGGCAAGGAGCAGAGCUGACCCACCAUGGAGCGGCGAGCCAUUCCCCAGGGCAUUCCCUGCAGCUCCCUGCUCCUGCUGCUCUGCAGCCUGAAGGCUUCCCUCGCCUUUCCCAACUCCUCUCCACUGCUGAGUCCCAGCUGGGGCAAUGGAGACCACCUGAUGCACCUCUACACCGACACGGAGAGGAGCAGCUUCCACCUCCAGAUCAACGCUGAUGGCUACAUCGAUGGCGCUCCUCACCAAACCAUCUACAGUGCCCUAAUGAUCAAGUCUGAGGGUGCUGGCUCAGUAAUAAUCACAGGUGUGAAGAGUGGACGCUACCUGUGUAUGGACAUGAAAGGAAACCUAUUUGGCUCGCAUUACUUCAGCCAAGAGGACUGUGUGUUCAACCACAGGACACUGGAAAAUGGGUACGAUGUGUACCAAUCCCCCAAACACCACUUCUUGGUGAGCUUAGGCAGAGUUAAACAAGCCUUCUCCCCCGGUAUGAAUCCCCCACCAUACUCCCAGUUUUUGUCCAGGAGGAAUGAGAUCCCUCUGUUCCGCUUCAACACCCCCGAGCCCCACAGACACACCAGGAGCGCAGAUGUUGAUCCGGUAGAUCCUCACCAGAUCCUGGUGCCGCAGAGGAAGACCCCGGUGUUCGGCUCCCAGCAGCAGCAGCCAGCAGACUUUCCCCACAUGCCCAGGGAGCCCAUGAGGAUCAACCAGAACGAUGUGGUGAACCCCGAUGAUCCCCACGCCAUGAUGGAGGCCAGGAGGUACCCGAGCCCCCGAUUCUACAUCACCAGAUAA